AGUUGCUGGAUAUGACGACAAGUUGUUUUAUAAAUCAAAUUUAUUCUUGAGCAACCAUAUAUUACCAAAUAAUCUGAUCUUGAGAGACCAUUUUAUUUCACGCCAAUUUACUUUGGAAUGAUGAAAUUAUUAAUUGUUUACCAAAUAUACGAAGAAAUGAAUGUGUUGCAUUAACAUUUUUUCGAAACCCGCUGAAUUUGGAACUCUCAAGGUUAAUGGGUUCAUGUUGAUAAUACUACAUUAUUAAUCUCGAUGGAGAGGCAGAGGUCUUUCGAAGUUCUUCAUGUAGAUGAUGAAACAUUUAACCUAGAUUCUUUUGCCGACCUUGAUUUUAUCAUUUGCCCAAGUCACCAUCUUCUGGAUAGUUAUUUGUUAGACGUUAAUGCAGCCCAACAGCUUAGCCUCGUUUAAAAUCGUUGAAGAAGUCCAUAUUGUUUUUUAAAUCGCCUGAACAUUUUUAAAAACUAUGGUCUAUUUACACCAUGGAAUUCAACUAUUAGAAAAAGAGAAUGAUAGUCUUGUCGAAAGUGUCUACUUGGUUUCUGAGCAAGCUGUUUCUGAUGAAUCACCUUCUUACACUGAGGUUUCGGAGUCUGACAAGUCAGAAAAUUCUCUAUCCACAUCGACGUUCGAUUUCGUCAAACUGGACUGCGACCAAAACCAUGCUGCCAUUACACAACCCUCCCCAUCUUGUAACUUGGACCAGUUACAUUGUCUAAGCAUACCUGAUGAGAAAGAGCCAACUAUUGUAUAUGAACAAUCAUGUAUCCAAUCGUCAACGUACUCUGAAAUAAAUGCCUCUGAUCGGAUACAUUUUUACUUCCGUGAUUUUCUUUUGGGAGGCAUAAUUUUCAGUUUGCUUUUAGGUCACAUGCUGUAUUCUGAACAAUGUUAUAAAAAUAGAAUUGCUGGUUGUGAAAUUGAACGUGACAAAUUAUCAACAAACAUUUCUUUUCUAUCGACUGAAAUUUUACAAAAAGAUACAGCAUAUCGACAUCUGGAAAUUAAACAUAAACACCUUAAAAAUGUAACACAUCAAUUGCAUUCAGAUAUUUCUAUACUAACAGCUGAAUUACGUGACAAAGCCCUAGCUUACAAUGAAUUAAAAUCAGACUACAAAUAUGUCAGUGAUAAAAUGAAAGAGUUAACCAAUGAAUUGCGAAAAUUGAAAUUUGCGCUUAUGGAUUUGAAACGCUCUUCGCUAUUUUUUCCCGGUAUCAGAUUGAUCAAAGAUACCUUGUGUAAAAUUUUAAGCGUUUGCCCUGAUCUAGAUGGAGAGUAGACAAAUAAAUGGACUAAAAGUGAGCCGUCUUCGGGACAGAAUAAAGGAUAAUAUAUUUUUCUUUUCGCAGUUAAUGUUUUCGUCAUAUUUCUUUAUCUUGUUAAGUUUUAUUUUGCGUAAUUUUGGCGUUUCGUCUAAAAUCUCUUUUAUCUUACAGCUGCUAAUGUAAACAUUUAUACCAAAAGAUUAUUUAUAAUUUAUCUUCAUUAUAUACUUCAUUUUGAGAAUUUUCCUUCAAGUCAUUACGUCACAGUUUAAACAGUAUCAUAUAAACUAUAACGCAAAUAGUCCGAAAUAAAUUCAUACAAAAAUAAAGUGAAGUCUCGAUUUAUUUGGUUCUUCUCCAAUAAAUAAUGUACCAUUAUGGUUCUCUUGUUUACGACAUAUAUUUCAAUUAUUUGGUUCUGAUAUAGUUUGAUUUUAACCAAUUUGCAGAAAUUAGAGCCGUAUCUAUAAGACAAAUCUUUAUUAUGAAGUGUCGGAACUUAUUCGGAAAUUCUUAAACAAUUGUUUUCUGAAAUUCGUUAUUUGAAAAUUUACCGAAUACCUAUUCUUUAGUUUGAAAUCAGUGAUAGGUAGUUAAUUAGUUGAACGCUUUGAACACUUGAUCUAUCUCGGAAGUCGCAUUAGUUUCGAUAGUUGGGUGUCUAACGAGAUCUUGCCAUAGGUCCGAAAUGCUCGUUUGGCUUUUGCGAAAUCUUGUCACUUGUGGAGUAAGCGAGGCGCCCAUUUGCCAAUCAAAAGUCGAUUAUACUUAGCAGCGGUUUUCUCUCUAUUAAUCGAUAGCUUUGAAACAUGGUCUGUGAGAGUAGAAGACACGUAUGCGCUGCAAUAUUUUUGGUUAUAUGUGUCUUCAAAGCAUUGAU